GAAGCGGGAAGCGGUAGCGUCGUCCAAGAUGGCGGACGAUGAGCAGUUCUCUCUAUGUUGGAACAAUUUCAAUUCCAACCUUUCUGCGGGAUUUCACGAAUCCCUUCAGCGUGGUGACUUGGUCGACGUGACGUUGGCCGCAGAAGGUCAUCUAGUUAAGGCGCAUCGUCUUAUUCUAUCAGUAUGUUCCCCGUAUUUCCGGAAAAUGUUCACGCAGGUCCCCGUGAACCAACAUGCGUUCAUUUUCCUGAAAGACGUGAGCCAUUCGGCGCUUCAAGAUCUCAUACAGUUUAUGUACUGUGGCGAGGUGAACGUGAAGCAAGAUGCCCUACCCGCCUUUAUCAGUACCGCCGAAGCAUUGCAAAUUAAAGGGCUAACAGAAACGGGCGACAGUGCACCGACACAUCAAUCGCCUGCCAAAGAAGAACCAGCAGCAGCAGCAGCAGUCCCAGUGACUACGGCAACAAUUUCCACCGCCACCAUCCCUGCGUCCCCUGCGUCACAGCGAGCAAAGGUUCAGCGUAACCGCAUUCAAUCGUACAAAUUAGAAUCGGAAGAGAGCGGAGACGACAAAGUAGUAACCAUCCAAGGCACCACCUCUCACCAUGUAUCGGCACAGUCAAAUCUCAGCUCGCAAAAACGUACCAUGCCACAGCGCGGUCUCCAAAGCCACGCUAGCAAGCGAACGAAAAUGUCCAUCAGUGCCAGCAGCGACGGAUUGGAUACAUCGGACUCGACGCCAACACAGGUGCAAACCGUGCAGACGGUGCAAAUAGUGAAGCAAAUUCCCGCGCAAGUGAUCGAACCGGAAUACAUUGAGCUCCCGAUCGAAUCGAUAAAUCCCAAGGCUGAACCGGACUACACUGAUGAGACGGCCGAGAUCGAAACGGUGGACGCUGAAACGGAACAGGAACAGAAGCUCUCGGAACACGACCAAGGUGAUGCCGACGAUGAUGGAAACUACGUGGAAGACGACACUUACGGUGACAUGGCCAUGGGCAAGUACGAAGAAUCCUACUUGACGGAGGGCGAGGAAGGAGCGAAACCAGGCGUAUCCGGAUUCGUGGACUCGUACACAUCGGACGGCGGAAAUGCUACGGAAAUUUCGACACAAGAUCAAAGAUCCAUCCGGCUCGCCGAUAUAGAUGCGCACAGUUCUGCUCCUCACAUGGAAUUAUUAGAAAGUAUCAAGAAGGAAGACGAUGAUGUGAUAGUCAAAGACGAACAGCCAAGCGCCGCUCACGUCUCUCAGUUACCUUUACGAAAUUUUAAUGCCAACGAGGCCAGUUCUUCCGGAACGGCGUGGGAUCAGCUAAAUGCGGCCAAACGUAGUAAUAGUAGUGGCAAUUCGGCCAUUAUCACUUGUACACGUAGAAAAAGUCUGAGGAUGAUGGGAAUGGAGGAAGCAUCAUCGGUUGUUUUACGAGAAAAACCGAAACUGGACGAAGGCGGCGGCGUAACUGUGAGCAAGUUUCAUGAGCUGAAGAAGAGCAACGGAUCUCCGGCACAACGUAGCAGAUGCGUGUCGUGUUACAAUAGAAACAUUCUGGAAUCGGAGAGGCUGCCAAAACCGAAAACCAAAUGGGUUACCACGUUUUGUGGGGAUUGUCCAGGAAAGCCGUUUUUGUGUAUUCUCUGCUUCAGUAGAAUACAUUGCAACAGUCGAAUAGGAAUCAGAGAGUUGUUAUAGUACUUGCUGAUGCUGAUGCUCGUACAUUUUGUUUUGUUUUUGAAGGAAGAAUCACACUUCCGUUUGUUUCCAUAUGAGCGUAUUUCAUUCGCUAUGAAUGCAUUCCGUUUCCAUUCACAAUUUUUGUUACGUAUUAUUUUCUAUGCACUAAUAAGCGUUAUUGGCCUAGCCAAGCAAAUGCCAAGCAACUGAAGCUAUGUUUUGAGAUAUACAUAAUACUAUUCUAUUUGAACACAAGUCGAUAUUUACGCUAUAAUAAAAUACGUUGAGAUUCUCUCUCAACAGAUUCAAGUUCAAAAUUUUACUUGAAUAAGUUGAUACGUUUGUUCGUGGUUUAGUUUGAAACGUGUAACACAGUUUCCAAUUUUUUUUUUGUAAUCUAUACAGCACCAAAUAUUUUUUAUCGCGUGAUAAUUGAACUAAAGAUACUGUUAUAUUUUUGAAUAUAGCAAUUAAUGCUCAGAUAACGAUCGAAUUGAUUCCUACAUUAGUGUUAACGCAUUCUUGAAACGGAUUGACACUCUAAAAUGAUCCUAACAUUAACAAAAUAACAUUGAAACAUUUCGUUGUGGAAUUAUUGUUUGUGGGAAGAAUUCCAAUUAAACUAAUCAAAAUCUAAAACGAUGGGCACUGAGGGCUGUGAGGCGACGUAUGUAUAUGGUCCUCGUAAAUGCUGCUUCUCGUGGCAAGUGCCUUAUAGAGGUUAUUUGAGUGAAUAUACACCACUAUAUAUGAAUUUGUGAAAUGAAAAUUAUUGAAUAAAGCGCAUGCAUUUUCCGUCUUAAUAUAUA